AUGGCGUUAAAAUCGUCAGUGCUUUUAAAUGGGCUUUUCGCACGACUUUCCCGGCGAAACUUUUCAACAUCAAAGACACUAUCAGCGAACAUGGUCCCUGUUCGCGAUGCUCUAAAACAGGCAAUUGAUGAAGAAAUGGAGAGAGACGAAAAAGUGUUCAUUCUUGGUGAAGAAGUAGCCCAAUACGACGGCGCAUACAAAGUUACCAGAGGACUUUGGAAGAAGUAUGGUGAUAAGAGGGUAGUAGACACUCCGAUCACAGAGAUUGGCUUUGCAGGUAUAGCAGUGGGAGCUGCCUUCGCCGGUCUGCGGCCUAUCUGUGAAUUCAUGACAUUUAAUUUUGCCAUGCAAGCCAUAGAUCACAUUAUCAACUCAGCGGCCAAGACGUUCUACAUGUCAGCGGGUGCUGUACCCGUUCCGAUAGUGUUUCGCGGACCCAACGGAGCGGCGGCCGGAGUCGCGGCUCAACACUCACAAUGCUUCGCUGCCUGGUACAGCAGUGUUCCGGGGUUGAAGGUGCUCAUGCCUUACUCAUCGGAAGAUGCUAAAGGUAUGAUAAUACACAACAUAUACUAA